GAAAUUUGACAUAUAAAAAUUGACACCAAAACAUUUUUUUGCCAACAUUGCCAACAAAUCCUAAUUUUAGGGCAAAUAUAAGUGAAAGUCUAAAUAGAAUUGUUAAAUAAAUGUAAUGACCACUUCUAGGGUUAUACGCGGCACUAGAGCCAAAGUAUUUCUAUACAUAUGUGCUAUUUUAAUUAUAGUUGGUAUAGUGGCAUGUUAUAAUAACACUCUUUCUCAAUUAGACGAUGUUAAAAAAGCGAAUGAUAUUUGCCACCAACAGGAAGAAAACUUAUCUACUCAGUUGCAAGUUAUAUCAGAUUACAAACAGAGACUGGAAAAAAGUUUAAAAUCUGAACAAUCAGAUCAUCAUCAAAUUAAAUUAAAUCUUGAAAAUCAGCUUAAAGAAGAAAGGAGCAAAUAUGAAAACGAAGCUAAUGAUAUGAAAUUAAAGUUGGGAUCUGUACAACAACAUUUAAAUUUAUUACAGACACAAUAUGAUGAUUAUAAAGAAGAAAUGGAUAAAAGCCAGAAGCAGCAACAAGAAGAAAUUGGCAAUUUGGAAGCUAGGAUAAGCGAAUUGUUGGAAGAACAGAAAAAACUUAGAUCUUCUAGAGAAAAUUUGAAAUUACAGUUUGAUCAACUUGUGAAUGAAAAAGAUAAAUUAGAAAAGCAAAUUCAAAAUAAACAUAACAACGAGGAAUUAAAGAGUGAAAAUGCUGUACUCAAGCAAGAACUUGAACAAUUGAAAGAAAAAUGUAAUAUUCAAGAUACCAUUCCAGAACCUAAAAUAUCCGAAACGGGACCAAAACCACAAUCUGAUAAAGAAAAUAAAUUAGCUGAGGAAGCAGAAAAUAAACUAUCAGAUACUAAUGUAUUACAUCCUCCUCCAAACGAUUCAAAUAUCCCUCUAAAUCAACCGUUGAAUAUGAAACAGGAACUUCCUGUUCUUCCAGAGCCUAUAAACGAUAAUGGCAAAAUAAUAUCUUCUAGUACUUCUUCAAAUAACAAAAUUUUGAAACCUUCUCAAGCUAGUUUGAAUUUAGUUAGACCAAUAUUUUUACCUACCGUCACCCCUGAAACAGUAAAAGAGCAUAAACUACCCAAAGGAGUGGUAGCUGUUCCAGAAAAGAAAGAAGAGGAAAUUAUAAAUGCCAGAUAUCAAAAUGCAAAAGACAGUGCUAACGAAUUAGCGCACAGAGAAAAAAUAGUAAAAGAAGAAUUGGAAAAGGAAAACGUAGCGCAUGAAGUAUUUGAUGCGCCGUUACAUCAAGACGGUUUACAAUUCGACAAUAACGACCAAUUCAAACAAGCAGAAAAACCUAAUUUUGAUAAAAAACAUAUCGAUACAUUAGGAAGAGAUAAAAAGAACUACGAUCAAGAUCAAGCUGAAUAUAAAGAUUUGCAGAAUGAUGUUCAAUUAGAAGAAAAUGAUGACGACGAUGGAGAUGGUUACGAUGACCAUUUAGAAAGACAAAAAGAACCGGCUGUUAGGAAUUAGAAAUGAAUUCGUGUUUAUAGUUAGAAAAUCGCGUACAAAAUAUACAAGGUUGUCUAAAAAAAAAUUUUCUAUACUCCGUACGUGGUUUUUUCGCUUUGUGUCAUAUAAAAGUGAAACGAUCAUACUUUCGAUUAUAUCUUAGCAUCUCUUGCCCCAUUUUUAUACAUAUUAAAAUAAUUUUUGUAAAUAUUGUAUAUGACCAUUAUGUGGGUAAGGAAAAAAUAUUUUUUUCUUAUUAUUAUUUGGGGUAUCUGUAAGUUUAGUUUCCGUACGAUAUUAAAAUUGACAUCGAAAAAAAAAAUCUACAUUAGUACUUAGUCGUGUCUGAAAGGUACUGUUCUAAAUAACAAAAAAAUUAAUACAGGGUGACUUAAAAGUUCUAAUUCAAUUUCGGUUAUAAUUUAUUUUUUUUAUAGUACCAUAAUUAAAUGUUUCUAUCAUAUAAAACAAUUUAUAGUCUUCUAAUUCCGUCCAUUGAUUAAUGUAUAUUCAAUUGGUUGUUCUAAAUUCAUCAUUUUCUACAAAAAUAACCACCAGGUACCCGAAUGCAACUUUUUACCCCUAAUUAUUAGAAUAUUCUUAUAUUCCCUUUAUUAUCAUCCUUUCGCAUUGUCUUUAUCCUUAUAUAUCUCAAAUUUUUUUUAAAAAUGUAUCUGCUAUUAUUACUAUAUCAUCUGCAUACACCAAUCCAUCUAUUUUCACCGUUUCUAGGUUCCUGCAUCAAUUUAUUGUCUUCCGUUAUUUUCUUGUUGAUCUUCUUCUUCUAUUAAUUGAAUAUUUCCUAUUUAUGUCACUAUAGAGCCUCUAUGUCCUUCAACCAAUCCGAAUAAUGAUAACCCGGUUUCAAUUUUAUAUAUUUCAAAGCAUCUCUGUAUAUUUAUAAUUAACAAUCACUCUGUAUUAAUUCAAUGAUAAGUUAUUCUGUAUAUAAAAGCUGAAACAAUAGUGUACAGUGUGAUUUAAAAAAAAAGUACUAGUUAGAUACAUUCCCGUAUCGAUUAAUCUCAAAUCUCUAUUCGAAUAUCUCUUCGCUAAUAUUUUUAAUAAAAAUUUGAUUCAUGUAUAAUGUACAUAAUUUUGUUCGAAUAAUAAUUUUAAUAUUUCGCUGUAGAAACAGUAUUAUUAUUAAUUUUUUUGUUAAUAAAUGUGUUAUAUGAAAUACCGUUUACUGUACAUCACAAUUUUAAUAAUUAACAGUUUAUUUAAACAUUUUUGAAUAAAUUUUCAAAUUACGUCUCUAUAUAUGAUCAUUUGAACUACUAAAAGGGCCAGACAGUAUAUUGUACAAGACUAUAUCUCCUCUCGAAGGGGUUUUGUGUCUCAAUUUCCUAGUAAUACUUCAAAUCAAACAAUUUUCAAUAUAUAAUCAACUGGUGUUUUGUAUUAAAUAAUUUAGUUGAUAGAUUUUUUAUUGUUUUUAUAUUUUUUUGUGUAUAUUAUCAUGUAAAAUAAAUUAUGGAUCUAUAAACGUAAA